CAUCACCAUAAGAACGGCGCAGGUCUGGGCACGGCUUCAUUUCUGCGGAUGUGUGGACGUGUUACGCUGCCCCAGGUGCCAUGGCUGAUUCGCAAGGUGCCAGCAAGAGUUCACCGAAACCAUGCUGGGGACGCGGCACCUACCAAAGCAUGGCGCAUAAGUUGGCCACUCUGUUUGCCAUGACGGCAGGGAGCGCCAACGCAACCCAAUUUCCCAUGAUGGUCAUCGCCUACGGGGGAGUGCCUUUCCUGCUGGCCUACUUUGCUUUCCUGGGCUUCGUGACGUUUCCCGCCAUGCGCCUGGAGAGCAACCUGGCACAGUUCGCCGGAGACGGAAACAGGGGCAUCUUCAGCACAGUUCCCCUGUUCAUGGGCAUAGGCUACACAACAACUGCAUACGUCGUGUUCCGUGCGGUGACUGACACCAUGGCGCUAUCGGACGCCCUGGCGUUGCUCCUGUCCUGGACUAGGUCCUUCGACUGGCACCACGAAUGUCCCGGAUGGUGGAUGACACGCAAUUUCUCCUGCUACGCCAUUCUACACGGUUCGAUGCCCUGCAAGCUGGCGAGGGAUGAGCUAACUGACACCUUCCGCCACGACAUGUCGACUGAGGGCCUUCCAGUAGCCAGCGGGAACCAAGUGCUUCUUGUGCAUUCCAAACACUACAAGGAUGAGGCGGAGGGCUGUAUUCCUGACUUGCCUGACACCGGAGCGCCAUAUCACCUCCGUCGACAGGCGGUCUGGGAGCCGGGGGCGUUAGACCUUCUGCGGGCAGAGCCGCUCUUCACCAUCGCGGUUAUCUGGCUGCUGGUGUUCGCGAUUGCUCACAGAGGAUUCCUCAAGCUCAAGACGUUCUUCUACGCCAUCAUUCUCCUGCACGUUCUGACCACGCUGAUGCUCCUGCUAAGGGCCUCCACAUUGACUGGGGCCACUCGCGGACUUCGACUGUUUCUGCAAGCCAACUGGGCAUCCGUUACCAAUCAGGAGAUGUGGUCAAACGCCUUGUACGUGUCACUGGAGAGCGUCGGGGUCACUGGGACCAUCUACCUAAGCAUCGAGCGACUCAACUGCUUCAAGAACAGAUUCCAAGAGGACGUGAUGUUCGUGCUUGUUGCGGACACGGCGAGCAAGGGCAUCGGCACUAUCGUCUCCUUCCUCUUCCUGGGACACCUGUCGUACGCCACGGGCAUCAACGUCCACAUGCUGGUAGACACAGAUUUCAACUUCAUCGUGAGCAUCCUGCCUCAAGCUGUGAGUAUGGUGCCAUUCCCGGAGUUAUGGAGCCGCAUCCACUCCCUCUGGGUGGUUUCCAUGAUGCUGCCUAAGUUCCUCAUCGUGCCCGACAUCAUCAUCGAAGUGCUGUCCGUGACCCAUCCGCCUAUGCUCGUGAACAGGAAGUCAACGCACUUGUCCGUAUGCUUCUUCCUGUUCUGCCUGAGCGUCCCUGUUGUCUUCUCCGGUGGGGCCAAAGGACUGGCUGUUCUGUCGAACAGCCAAAACAGCCUCCGUUUCUUCCUGCUGGCACUCGAGUUCAUCGUGAUACUUCAGCUAUACGGCGCCAAGAGGCUAGAGGUUGACUCUCGUUUGAUGACAGGUCAAGUUCCCGCACCCUUCGUGAAGUUCUGCUGGACGUCGGUCAUUCCACUGACGCUAACAUUGUUGCUUGCGGCGAAGAUGCUGCGUCCCUUUUUUCUCGACCGGCAGUACCCUGUGUCCCUGACCGCGCUGAUCGCUUGGGUCCAACUUGUAGAAAUCAGCUUCAUUCCGAUGUACGCCUUUUUCUUCAUAUCGUCGACGAAGCUGAGUCUGAGGGAUUGCCUCGUCCCGCUUCCAACGUGGGUUCCUUUAAGCUGGGAACAGGCGAUGCUUUAUCGCCAGCAGCUGGCCGCUUACGGACUGGACGCUCACAAUUUCGAGCCGCGUCCUGUGUCUGAACAAGAAACCAUGACAGUUCCGCCUCUGUCACCUCAAGAGCAGAAGACGGAGUCGUCGAGUGACCACCUUGGCACGCACCUGAUCCUGACCACCGAGGCACAGAUCAGCCCUGCGACCAGCGACUGGCGCUAUGACAGCUCCGAGGCGCAGAACGGAGAGCCUCCGGUCAAGUUCCGCUCUCCCCCCGAUAAGGUAAUACCCGAAUCGGGCACCUUCUACAAGUCCCGUCCGCUCAGUUCAUUGUGGCGCCUUGUCAAGUCCAAGAAGGCCGAAGGGGCCGCCUCGCCACCAGUGCCACGCAAGGAAGACGCGCGCCCCAUUGGCGCGCUUCGCAGUGUUGCCAGACCAAUCACUGAGGCUACCAAUAAGUCGACGGUGGCGCUAGUUGCAACCGCACGUCAAGCAGAACCCCUGGGAACGCUGACCUCUUUUCCUAGGAGCGACCCCGGACUCGUAUUACCGUGUGCCAGCCCAGACGUAGCCCCUCCAGCAGCGGUUGCAACUCUCGACAAAGCAGCGCGUAGCGACAGUGAGCUGUUCAAUGAACUGGAAUUUCCUGCCGACUCAGCUGUGCACGAGCGCCUUGCCGCGGCAUCGCCACAAAUGAUGCACCAUAAGUCUUCCUCAUCAGCGGUGGCGCCGUCUACCGAAGACUCAAAACAAGUUGCGAAAGGCCGUGAGGGAGCUGAUGCUGUAGUGAAGGAGUCACUUGGUCCAGGGCCUCAGGUUCUUUCUAGGCUGCGGCAUUUGCUUGAUGACGAGCUGGUGGGUGAAGUAGGAGUCACCGAACCGCCUUUAGGAGAGUAUGCAGCGCAAGAUGCAGCUCCACUCAUACUGCCACCCUCAUGGCGGUCAGAUGUCCUACCUUCGCAUGCGGGAACCACGAUACCAGAUAAACCCGAAAGUCCAUCAGCCGUCCCGCUGCAAGCUGCGACCGAGUCCCCAAAGGGCGGGGGACCACGUAGUUCCCAGGAGCACCUGCUGCCAGCAGGAUCACCCAAGCGCGCGAAGAAGGGUAAAUCGCCAACUCGCUCCAGGAAACAGAGUACGAGGUCUCCCCACAAAGCGGACCUUGGUGCGAGAAAGUCACCUCCGCUUCCUGCACCAGGUGGGACGAAGGACAACCUUUCGCCAGUAAGCGACGCUUCACCAGAGCUUCCGCCGCCACCGGCCAAACCACUGCACCACAAAAGGCAACAUGGUUCUCCAUCGAAGAAGUCGAGGAAAGGUUCGUCCGUAGUUGCUUCUCCUGCCAAGCAUAGGUCACCACCAAAGGCGUUAGACGCGAGGUCUCCACCAGCUGCAGUGCCGCCCAUCUCUUCCGCAAGAUCCCCGCGCACUAGCAAGGCCGCGGGAUCAAGGAAAAAGACCGGAGGAGCAGCCGGCGUGCCUUCCACGGCUGUCGUUGCUACACCCAGUCCCACGCGCCGCACGUUGCCGGAGAAUAAGGCGGUGAAGUCGGACACAGCGUUGGUUUCGGAUAGGAAUGAAGCCGUUGCCAGUGGGGCCUUUUUGCCGGCCUCGGAGGUUCCAUCUCCUUCGCGUAAGUCGCCAUCGCCUCCUGGCAGAAAAGCCCUUCACCAGCACGAGCACCUAGAUGCGACCGUGGUCGCUACAUCCUCGAAGGCGCUUGAAAAAAAGCCGCCUUCCAGAAAGGGUGCAGCCCACGGCCGGCAAUCUGGAGAAAGGCCUUCGCUCGCGCCCUCGCCGACAAGGCAUGCAGAGAACGCUCACCAGCUGGUGCUGGAGUCGCCUCGCCUGAAAGCCAAGAAGAGCAAGGCUCACAGAGCGACCUCUAGAGAAAAGGCGCAACGAAGAGCAGGGAAGCCUGCAGCUCUGGACAGCAGUACGCUUGUAGCGCUACCUGCUGAUGGAUAUCCGCUGGGCACGUCUGCUUCACCGCCCAUAAACAGCACGACGUCGCCCCCUUUGAGCGAGUACGAUGAACUGGACCAAGAGGCGUCACCACUAGAAACUGGGCAUCCAUUACUGCCACAGGAGCGAAAGGACACCGUCGUGGAGGAACCUAGAAGUCCCGACCACGCCAACCAACCUACCCUUCAAGACAGCGCCCAGCUCAAGAAAACCGCUGCGUCAUCACCAGCUGGCACGGCGCCGGCUGUAACUUUAGCAGAGCUUCCUGAAGCAUCCGCCACUCACACGCCGACGUCCCAGGCUGACCUGGGAGCCCCUGUUACUGCGCCAGUAUCAGCAGAAAAUAACGUGGGUCCAGCUGAAGGCCUGGAAACAUGCGAAAUGAGGGUAGAGCAAGGCAAGGACUCGCUCCCGAAGCAGCAUGGUUUACAGAGUCCAAACGUCUAGCCCAGCAACAGGAUAGUUCCUCGCGAGACCGCUGCUUCGCAAGACGGCUACAACUAAGGCGCGCAUCAUCGAAGCUUCAGUACUGGGAAGUAAUAAGCGGGGACAGUCAUGGGCGCGCAGAUUAUCUUAUUAAUGGCUUCACAAACGACCUCACAGGUGAACUCGCAGAAUUCACGUACGCUUAGAUAGACGAUAACCAUGCGGCAUGCUGCUCAGUCAACACUUAGUCAAUCGACUUAUACGCCGACCAACCUAUCCCUUGUAUUGAGUUCUAGAAUUGGUAUCAUGAUAUAGGGAUGACGGUGAUAUCCACGAAUCAUCGGAUGUACAUGGUGCCCAAUUAAUGGGCAGGAUGCCUGGUCAUGGCGCUCUGUGCAAUUACGUGUGACUGAGCGCUUGCACAUCGAGACGUUACGAUGUCAGCCACGUAACUGUGGUUGCCGCUUUUUUUUUAACUUGUUAAUUAAUAUCGUCUGUCUUCGACGGUCUCCGAAUGGAGACAAAGCAAUGUGCUGUAGCUCUCUUUAGUGAAGAACGUUGGCAUUUCGCUUUCCAUCCAGUUUCUUUAAUUACUGUGUGUGCUUAACAUCCGGAUGUAUGUUUUCAAUGCAGUUUUUGCAUUCCUCAGUACGCGUUGAGAUGGAGAGAUCUCAAACGUUCCUUUGUUUUGGUUUUGGUGUUAGCAAUGUUAAUUUCCUUGUGCAUCCAAUGAACUAUCCCCAGGGGAUGAGCAUAGACCUUGUACUGUGGUGAUGAUUGCACAACCUGCCUUCCCCACUCCAAUCCUCAACGUAGACUUUUGUGCACAGUUUGGCCUUACUGGGUUUACCUGCACUGCCUAACGGGUUUGAUAAGCCCUCAAGCGCAUAUGGUCAAAUAGGGAUUGAAGUCAUUUAACUUGACUGAAACCAGCUGAACAGAGUCAUGAUCCUUUGUGCCCAAGGAAAAGAGCCACGAAGGUCACCUGUGGAAUCAUUCAAGAGCAUUCUCGCAGAGCAGCGACAGUGGAGAGCAUGGAGCAGCCUGACUGAUACCGCACUGCUUUUUAUAAAUAUGUUCCCACCUCCUGUUCAUGUCGGAUUUAUACAUGUGAACGAUGAAGCGUUCGCCUGGAACAUCAGUUGGCCUCCUCCUGCGCUGUGACCAUCGUUUGACGGGCAUAAAAGCCAGCGCUUGCAAGGAUUUCCCAACACUCUCGCAGAGCAACGGCAGCGAACCGCACGCAGCAAAUGAUACCUGAAUGUACUGCUUUUUGCGGGUUGGUUUCGUUUCAAGUUUAAUUUCUUAGCUAGUAUUAUCUGCGUCUUUGCUGCUGCUGUACUGAUAUUUAGCCUCUUUGAAUGAUGAGUGGGGACACUACCGAGUUCUUGACUUGUCAUGAGCCAGUGAAGGAAUCAUCACUGUUCCUGAAAUGUGUUUCAUGCAAAUAUUCUUACCAUUUCGAGAAGUCUUCUGGUAUCACUGCCGCCGUUUUCCGCAGUAAGGGUACCUCAAGUAAAACCACCUGGAAUUGUAUAACUUGUUCUUCGACAAAGAGGCGCUGUGACGUCAAGUAACCCUGAGAUCAUAAACAUUGAUAGUAAACUAAGUGAGCUAAACAAGAUGAUUAUGUUGUUUCUCCGACUCGUAGCAAAAGUUGACGCUCUCACUGAAGGAAUGAAAACCAUGAAUGCGAUUUAAAAGUCAAUUGAGCUUCUGGGUGAGAAGUAUUACACCAUCAUUGGAAAGCUAGAUCAACAGAACAAUGACAUGAAUGCCUUCACGAAAACUCUUGAGGUCAUCGAAUCGGGUUUAUCAAAAGUGUGGAAAUGAAAUGAAGCUCCAGCUUAAUAAGGUGGAACUGUGUAGCCGGCGUCUGAACACUGAAGUACACGUACGGCUUGGUUCAAGAAGAAAAUGAAAAACCUUCUCUCAAAAAUAACAGCCUGGCCCGCGAAUUUCGUCUACCUGCUAUUGAAGAAUGUCAUUUGGAUGCCAUUCACAGCCUUGCACCUCACGCUGGCAAAAAAGCUGUUAUAAUUGCCCGAUUUUCAUCCUAUGCCUUGAAAGAAAAGUGGAUGGGGAAUCGCUAUUGCUUCAAGAAGAAGGAACCGAGGAUAAGAGUUAGAAAAACUUAGCGUCCAUGAGCAUGAAUGAAUGAAUGAUUAUAAGACAGAGAGGUCGACCUGAGCUAGUGCGCUCUAGUCUGCUACAAGCAAGUAGCUUCUGUAGCUUGCCCGGUCAAAACGUUCUAAAAGAAAUUAUCGCUCUAGUCUGCUACAAGCAAGUGGCUUCUGUAGCUUGCCCGGUCAAAACGUUCUAAAAGAAAUUAUCGCUACGUAUCACAGAAAAACGGACACGUUUUUUUACAGAAAUCUGAAAGCGAGAGAGUAACACGGUUUCGCGAUGAGAGCGACCUUGACAAAAUGACGUGAUUUCCUUGUCUCAAUCGUUGCUAGAGUGCGCAGUCGCACAUUAUGUCCACCUUACUCUAUCUCGAUUUCGAAUCAUUUCAUAGUGCCACCUUCAAAGAUAA